AUGGAUUACGAUGACUUGGAGCCUUUAGAGGGCACAAUUAAUAAUCUGCUGGAACAAGUAAGCCUGAGAUGGAUCUUUGUCGGGGGAAAGGGUGGGGUGGGUAAGACUACCAACAGUUGUAGUAUUGCUGUGCAGAUGGCUAAAGUUAGGGAGAGUGUGUUGCUUAUCUCUACCGAUCCUGCACACAAUCUCAGCGAUGCCUUUGGUCAGAAGUUCAGCAAAGACCCCAGGAAGUAA